UUUGAAGUUGAAGGCCAAACUACGAAGGGGAAUGUAGAAAAAUAUCACACUCUAUUACUACUAGUAUUAGUCUGUAUUGAGAAACAAAGUGAAAACUUAAACUCACUCUUCUCUUUUAAGGAAAUUACCGAUUACAUUUAUAAAUUGUAUUGUGUCACUCUCCAGUAUUGCAAUUUGCAGAUACAGAGAUAACAAUAGCAUCUCUUCAUCUUACCCUGUUUUCUUAAGAGAAAAUUACUUAAGUUAAAAGAUAUCUUAACCUAUCACCCAUAAAUUAACCUUUCAAUCUCGGGAAGCAUGCAUUAGCUCUUGUCUGAACUUCUUCCAAAGAAAAAGUCAAAUCUUUUUUGGAGACCCAAACUCUACACUGUAUUCCAAAGCAAUGUCAGAAGAUAAACAAGACAAGAAGGUAGCUGGAGGUCCACCUUGGAAGAAGGGAGGAAGAGGCUGGAAGCAUAAAAUCCAGGAAGAUGGAGAUGAUCUCUCCAAACUACAACACCAAGUGGAUGAAUCAUUACCUUGUGUUAAGGUUUUUCGAAAGUUUCAGGAGGAGCUAGAUGCCAAGCAUGACAAAUAUGAAAAUUUGGUGAAGUCUAGUAGGGAUUUAACCAUUGAGAGCAAGAGGAUAAUCUUUCUAUUACACAGAAUUACUGGCUGUAAGGAAGAGACUACUGAAAAAUUGCUGUCUGAAGCUAGUAUCAAAAUUAAGGAACUCCAAUCUGGCAAUUUACGAAAGAUAGCUGAACAAUUACAAGAUGAAGAUAUCUUUUACUACUUAAGAUCCAUAUCUCCAGGUCUUCAAGAAUAUGUUGAAGCAGUAAGUUUCUACCAUUAUUUGAAAGACAACAGGUUAGUUGGAUUUGAGGAACUUCAGGCCGACCUUGUUUUCCAUGAAGAAAAUGAUACCAGUAGUAAAGAAGACAGUCUACUCAGCAAGCAAGUGUUGGUCCCUCUUCCUCCACAGGAUUAUAUGCUUGGUAUAGCUGACUUGACUGGCGAGUUAAUGAGAAAAUGUAUCAACAGCGUUGGGCAAGGGAACCUAGAAGAACCCUUUCAAUUAUGUCACUUCAUUCAAAACAUUUAUGAUGCCUUUCUAUCAUUUGGUAAUACACCAGGAAGGGAAUUCACCAGAAAAAUUCAGACUUUAAGACAAAGCCUCAAGAAGGUGGAAAAUGCUUGUUACACAAUUCGUGUUCGUGGCUCAGAGAUACCAAAGCACAUGUUGAUCCAUGUAUUUAAUGAAGAGAUAUCAGAAAAUCUUGAAUGUGACUUAACUGUUUGAACAAUAAAUAUAUAUAUAUAUAUAUGUCAA